GGUCGUGCUUCCUGCCUUUGCGAGAGAGGGGACGGUGCUGACGGCUGGGAGGACGAAAGGAGAGACAAGAAAGCUUUAGGGAAGCUAUAAGAGAGAGGGGAACGGCCCAGGUUUCCACCGUCCGUCGGGAUCUCAACACCCCCAUUUAUCUGUAGCUGCUGAAUCUGUCACCGAAUCGGCGCUGAAGAUGUCUACCAUUCGUCAGCUGAGCGAGAGCAGGGCCAUCCCGACCAGGACGGUGUUGAUCAACGACACAACGCAGCUACCUCAUGACUACUGUACCACCCCUGGAGGCACUUUAUUUUCUACCACUCCCGGAGGAACCCGGAUCAUCUAUGACCGUAAGUUCCUGCUGGACAGGCGUAAUUCUCCCAUCGCCCAGACUCCCCCUGCUCACCUGCCUGUCAUCCCCGGGGUGACCAGCCAACAUGUCCUGAGCGAGAACAAGAAGAACGAAACCAACAACCACAUCAACAACCGUGAUGGCAAGCCUGCAACUGGUGAUGAUGCCCAGUUUGAAAUGGACAUCUAACUAAUUGGAACGCCACCAACAGAAGAAAAUGACCUGGCAUUACACUUGCCAGAGGCUUGGCUUGUAGAAACCAAUGUUGUGAGCCCUCAUGGCAGCCAUCUUCUUUAGCUCUCUGUCUCGCUGCUGGAUGUAAUGUAUGUGAGUGUGUGUGUGUGUGUGUGUGUGUGUGUGUAUACUUCGGGGAUUCAGUACAUCAUACAUACAGGUUAAACUCUGCGUGGCCCUGGAAGCUAGGUUUAUUUGUAUUGGUUUCCAUGCUUAAGAGUCACUACCACACAGCAGGGAGCUGGCCCUGAACAUUGAUUACCCAGACAGAUUGUCCAUUUGGUAGAUUGCAGUGCUCAUACAGCUUUCUGCAAGUCAAGAUUAUAAACAGAGCACACUGUACAUCCGAUAAUAUUCCAUAAUAAUUAAGGGACACUGUGUGGAAUAAGUGGCAAUUUUAGGACCUGGCCUUAGAAUCACUCAAAAGCUUUGAUAUUCAUCACAGUCUUUGGUUUGGAAGACCCUUGUGAGCAUGUUUCUUUAAGUGAUUUAGUUUUUUUUGGAACUACUUGAAAAGCUCCACAAUCUAAUAUUGGUUGUUUGGUCUGUUUGGUUUCCUGUGAUGGUCUGUAAAGGGAUGCUGUGUGUGUUUUAUUUAGCAAAAAGGUGACGUUUUCAUGCCAUUCCAAGAUGUAAGAAUCCUUUACCAACACAGUUUUCAGUUUUCAGGGGUAAACUUUUCUUAUGAACGAACUUAAGGCUACGGUUUUGAUUGCUUUGUAAUAAUCAAAAGUUUCUAUUUCCCCCCCCAAAAAAUAAGCUCAUUGUAAAUCUGAAACAAGCGUAUCAGUUACAGAAAUACUUCGGGUAGGUAACCCCCCUAACCGUAACCCUUCAUUAUAGAAUAACAGUAUCAAGACACACAAUCAAGCUCAAAUGUGACCUUGUAAUGAAUCUUUUUAAACCUUUCUCUCCUGCCACAAAGAGUUUCUACGCUUUCUUUCAGAUUUGAGGGUUACUUUUGGUUUAGGCAAGAGAUUAGUUUUCAUAAUUCCAACAUGAAUUCAUUUGAAACUUUGCCACAUCUGCCGGGUGUUUUUAAAUAUUCAGAGCAUUUAGAAUAUUGUGGAAAUGGUUUAUAGUCCGAUGCUCAUUUUCUGGGUGAACUGAAAUGAUCCAGAUGUUUUAUAUGCAUUUUAUUUUUGAAUACAGUUUUUCAGUAUUGAGGGUAUUGGUUUGGGUACAAGCACUGUCAAGCAUUUAUUUUAAAUGUCAAGGAGUUUGGAAGACAUUGUUUGCAUGAUGUUUGACAGAUGCUGUCCAUGAUCUACACAUCUGUCCCCAGUGUCCUUCAUGUAUCCUUUAUAGUUCAUGUGUCAUGCCUACCCAUGCCUUACUUCACAUCAAUGCAGUGUAAGAAUUGGUUCCUUGUCGUCAAUUUGUACUUUCAAACAGAUUUUUAUUUUUUCACUGUAACAUUGAACAGGUAACGUUGUAAUCAGCAAUUGAACAAAACAAUUUUUUGACCUAAUUCAUUUCUUCAGACAGCAGCUGCGAAGUUUGAAGUUUGAUGAUGUAAAUCUCAUGUUUUGAUUUUUCAGUUCAGAUGGCAAUGUGGCCACAUGUUCCUGCAAUCCCAACAAUAUGUUGGGAGUUUUUUACACGACAAUGAUAGUCCUGCCUGAUUAUUAUACUGAUAUACACCAGAUGCAGCUGGGCAAAUAAAUCUCCACGAAUGUCCUGUUUUUCAGUUGUAUGGCUGAACUCACUGAAUGGCUGGAUUGAUGUCUAUCGAAGAUUUUCCUUUUUCUCUUUUUGGCUCUGUCAUUCAUGGUCAUGUUUGCUGACCAACACUUUGAGGGAUUUGUUUUGAACCCAUUUUGCAUUGCACAUUUUAAAGCGGUAAAACUCUUUGUAUCUGGCAUCAUAAUUCAGAAUUUCAAAUCUGUUUGGUUUGACAAUGAGGGCUUAACAUUGUUUGCUGAAGGAGAUUUGAAAUAAAAAUGACUGUAACGUUCUGUUCUGAUUUUGAAUAACUUCAAAUGAAACUGCAAUGCCACUGGACAUUGUUGCUGCAAGAUCAAUAAAGUUCCGUAACAAAUAAAA